AUGUUUAAAUUCGUUCGGCAAAAGUUCGUCCCACUUGCUCGACUUAGUUCCAGUACAGGUGCAAAGACAAACCCUCCGGCGAGUCUUCUUGAACUUCGGGUCGGCAGGAUCAUCGAUGUUCAGAAGCACGAAUCAGCCGACAAACUCUAUGUGUCUAAAAUCCAAUUGAACGAGGAACAGUCCCCGAAAAUUGUCCAGGUCUGCAGUGGGCUUGUCGACUACAUGUCGAUGAAUUCGCUUCUCGAUUCGAGAGUAUGCGUGGCUGCUAAUUUGAAGAAAGCCAAAUUGCGCGGAGCGGUUUCGGAGGCCAUGGUUUUGGCAGCAUCAGAUGCCAAUGACACCAAAGUCGAACUUGUUGUUCCGCCAAAUUCCGUGCCUUUGGGGACUCUCUUGUAUUUUAAAAACCACAAACCGACAGAUCCAUUCAAAACCCUGAACACCAAGCAACGAGACCGGAUCCUAGACAAUCUUUACACCAACAGUAACAGAGAGGUGUUCUACGGAGAUGAUACGUCGUCGAUAUUGAUCAAUGAGCAUAACGAAGACCCUUGUACCGUGGAGACUCUAGCUUCUUCUAAAGUCCGCUGA